AAAGAGAGAGCAUAGUCGUUAAAUUGGGAGAAAUCUGAACGUAGAACCACAGUCGCGGUCGUGCAUGUGGAGAGUCUAGUCGACGGUCGUUCAUUUCAUUUUCUAUCAGUGGAUUACAACUACGACCUUUGGUUGCGUCGUUCACGACUUGGCUCACGUUAAAAAAGGCAAAGGCACGCGCUAAAAUGGGGUUCAAUCUUCCAUUGGUAACGCUUGCAGUAUUAUCUGGAGCUUUGGCGAUAGCUGUCAUAGUCUUAUCGGUCUCGCUGUCUGGUGCGAACAAAGAGCUAUCGUCACUGACGGGGACGACACCAAUAACCGAAACGACACCAAUCGUGGAGAGUACUACAAUGGCUGGAAGUACGACACCUCAAUUGACUGAGCCGUGGGAGUUGGACUACCGUCUUCCAAAUGACACGUUACCGCUGCAUUAUGAAAUUUACUUACAUCCUGAUCUUGUAAGCGGCACCUUCACUGGGAAAGUGGCUAUCCACCUGAAUGUUACUAAGCCUCGAGAUUUUGUCCUGAUCCACAUCAAAUACCUCACUAUUAGCUCAACAUCAGUUCAUAAAGGAAUAGAAGCUAAUGGAGAACAAAUAAGCCUUGGUGAAACUUUUGAGUAUGUCCCAAAUGAGUUUUGGGUUGUCAAGCUCCGUUCUGCAAUGCAACCAGGAUUAUACACGAUUAAUAUGGAUUUUACUGGGAGUUUGACAAAGGAUAUUGUUGGGUUUUAUAAAAGUAAUUACUACAACAGUGACACAAAUCAAACAAGAACAAUUGCAACAAGCAAAUUUGAGCCAACUUAUGCCAGAAGAGCUUUCCCUUGCUUGGAUGAGCCAAGCUACAAAUCUACAUUUGGGGUGACUCUUGUAAGGCCCAAAGGAGAUGGUUACGUGUCAUAUUCAAACAUGCCUGAAGUGUCGUUGGAAGAUGAUGUCCCGAGUGCUGGCUUAACUACAGUAAAGUUUGAAAAGAGUGUUGAAAUGGUUACCUAUUUGGCCUGCUUCAUUGUCUGUGACUUCCAAGAAAGGCUGGGCCACACUAAAAGAGGUGUGCCUAUCAGAACGAUCUCGCGUUCCAACCAAUUCAAUAGCACCGUAUAUCCGUUGGAGAUCGGAAUCAAAGCCACUGAUUACUAUGAAGAAUAUUUCGAUAUUGACUAUGUUUUGCCAAAGCAAGAUUUGAUUGCCAUUCCUGAUUUCGUGUCCGGUGCGAUGGAACAUUGGGGAUUAGUAACGUUUCGUGAAACGGCCAUGUUGUAUGAUCCUCUGGAGAGCUCUACGUCCAAUAAGAAACGAGUCGCAACUGUUGUUGCCCACGAGUUGGCUCAUCAGUGGUUCGGCAAUCUAAUGACCAUCAUCUGGUGGGACGAUCUAUGGUUGAACGAAGGAUUCGCUAGUUACAUGGAAUUCAAGGCAACCGACGCUUGUGAGACAACAUGGGAUAUGAUGACUUUCAUCCUUAGCGAUGACGUUGGCCCAGUUUUGGAUCUCGACUCGAAGUUGAGUUCACACCCAAUCGUUGUGCCAGUAAACCAUCCAGAUGAAAUUACUGAAAUUUUCGACGCAAUUUCUUACAACAAGGGUGCGGCUGUACUCAUGAUGUUGGAAAGUUUCAUGGGACCAGCAAAUUUUCAGCUGGGUAUCCAGAACUUCCUUAAAGAAUACAAAUUCAAGAAUGCGGCUACUCCCGAUCUAUGGCGCGCACUACAAGCGGUGACGCCUAAUUUAGAUAUUGCCGGAAUCAUGGAUACUUGGACACGGCAAAUGGGCUACCCUGUCUUGAGUUACACAAUUAGUGGCAACACAUUGACUGUAAAACAGUCUCGGUUCUUGUCUGAUCCCAAUAGCAAUGCAACUGUAACACCGUCGCCGUACGGGUAUAAAUGGGAUGUUCCAUUUUUCUACAUCACCGACAAGAAUCCCUCGCCGCAAUUGAAGUGGCUAUACAUGAAUAACGAUUCCGUGACAAUUGAAUUACCAAAUGACUUUACAUGGGUGAAGCUGAAUGCAGACCAAAGAGGUUUCUUCCGUGUUAAUUAUCUUCCGGAACAUUGGAACGCAUUAGCUGCCGCUCUCGGAAAGAACGUCUCUGCUAUGAAACCCAGUGAUCGAUGGGGUUUGAUUGAUGAUUCAUUCAGUUUGUCAGCAGCAGGUUCCUUGCCUUACAGCACGUCCCUGGAACUUGUUCAGUAUGUAAAGAACGACCGUCAUCCAGUUCCAUGGAGUGCAGCAUCUGGCAAGCUUUCUUAUAUUUCAAGCCUAAUAUACAUAACAAACCUUUACCCAGGAUUCAGAGAAUUUAUCAUUACUCUUGUGGAGCCGUCGUAUUCAGAAUUAGGAUGGAACGAUCAGGCCUCAUUUUUGGACCAGAAUCUGCAGACUACCAUUUUGUCGCUUGCCUGCCUUAGUGACUAUACGCCUUGCCUGGAAACUGCUGCCGAUCGACUAACCAAGUGGAUAAAUAAUCCAGACGAAUACAUUCCCCCCAACUUCCGAAACUUGGUCUAUCGCUACGGUAUUGCUCAAAUUGGUGAUGCAGCUGUAUGGAAUGCGAUGUGGGACCGCUACACCAAGGAAACAGAUCCGAAUGAGGCAAUCAAGCUGCUCUAUGGAUUGGCCUUUGCAAAGGAGCCGUGGCUUAUUCAUCAAUACCUAGAUUUGGCUAAAACAGACAAAGUUCGAUCCCAGGAUUAUUUCACUGUCUUAGAGUACAUUUCGGCUAACCCAGUUGGACUUCCCAUAGUUUGGGAUUUUGUUAGGAAUGAGUGGCAGUAUUUAGUUGACCGCUUCACUACGAACAACCGUUACCUGGGUCGAAUGGUGGGUACGGUGACGAGUAAGUUUACACAACAAAUUCGUCUCGAUGAGAUGAAAGAAUUUUUUGCCAAAUAUCCUGAUGCUGGCGCUGGCGCCCGUGCUAGGGAGCAGUCGCUUGAAACUGUACAAAAUAACAUUCAGUGGUUGAAAGUGAACAAACCCGAUUUAGAAAACUGGCUGAAGGAAAAUGGCUUUAUGUAAAGGCUAUGCAAAGUGAGCUUGAAAGAAAAUAAGUUUCAGGAUUUAUUUGUUAAAAGAAACAUCAGUUUUUAACUUGAUGUUAUGGUAAUUUGCAGUUGAAUCAUGUUCGUUAAUUCUUUUUGUCAAAGUAGGUGUGGAUGGUAUUAGCGUAUUGCUGUCGGGUGUCUAUAAUGUCGAAUAAAAGUCAUCGAAGUUGUUACAAGAA